UGUUGUCCAAUCAAAAGCUCCUUCCCUAGAAACGCGGAUUCUUCAAAACAGAAGCUUAGUCAUGAGUCGUGAUGGCUUGGAACAGAUGUGCUCAACUGCCGAAGAGUUACUCGCAGUUUUGGUUGGAGACACCCCACAAGAUAUAAUACUUAAUAUCCACGAAAUGUCACGCCAGAUUACAGCAUUGCGAAGGAAGCACGAAGAACAACUCAAAAGUGACAUAAAAUAUUUAACCAGUCUCGUUAACCAAACGGAUGAUGUAAAAGCAUCCACUCUCAACAAUGAUGAUACUUUGGAAAAUCUGGCUCAGAAAGAAACUGCUAUGUUAAAGCAGAUUGAUAACUUGCAAAAGCAGCUGAUGGGCUUAACAGGGGAGCACCAGCAUUUGAAAGAAGAGCUAGCCAAAGCCAAAUCGGAGCAACAGUCAUUGAAAAUGCAACAUCAACGUAUUAAAGAGGCACAAGCUGCUGCCCUGCCCAAGGCAAGGUGUGAUUUGAAUCUAUACAGCAAUAUCACAAACAUCAAAUGGCAGUACCAAUGUGAACCACAUGAAAUCAAAGGUUACAUCUCCAACAACAAUGAUAUUAAGACAUUCAGCUUCAACACUCAACAGGUGUCUCGUUUUUUUAUCGCUAACUACCUGUGGGACUUAAUAGAGGAAGACUGGUAGACAUGAAUUCAGAAGUGUUUUGUAAAAAAAACUUGCAAGAAAAUGUGUAGAGACUUGACCACAUGGAGUUGAACUAGUUUGAAAAGAUUGUGAUAUCCUCUUCCAACAUCCACUACAACCAGGAUUGGAUUGACUGGGUUUAUCUUCACCUUACAAUGCAGUGCAACUAAUUUGUAUUUUUGAAACAGCUAAAAACCCUCCUCACAUUUUAGUUCAAUGUGAAUGUGUCCAAGCCCAUCAACUUUCUUCUUUCUGGAACAGUUUUUAAUAAACAUUUUAUAAAAACACAAGAUGAGGUUUAUUUAGAAAUAACCUUAUUUAUUAUGCAAAAUACCAGUGUACAUCACAAUAAUAAAAAUGUUUCUUCUGCGCCAUUUAAAAAAAUCCUUGUGGGAUACAAUUUAGAAGUUUUGUUCACAACUUUAUUCACUACUAAAUUAAUUCUUGGCUAUUCAGCUUUGCAAUGCAAUGCCACACCACUGCCUACAUCUGGGGCCAUUAAUGACCUAAAAAA